GCUGUUCUCAUUGCUGCUGUCUGUUUCAGUUACGCUGCAGGUAAUGCAAAUCGAUUUCGAACGAUUCGAACAACUUUCAGGAUACGAUAUCUACAACAGUUCCCUUCGUGUUCGUAAGUACAAUCGAACGGCGGUAGUAAUCAAUGGUACAAUAGAGCUGAUGGUACCGCUUAACGAAAGCGUUAUGGUAUCGUCCGAUUUUUUCCACAGCAGGCUUGGCAAUCAGCAGUUCAAUCACUACCCGGCAAAAUUUCCCACCCAGAACGUGUGCGAGUUUUUGCAACGCUUUUACGAGGACUACAGCGAGUAUUGUGAGCAUGUAGUUAACCUACCGAGGAAGGGCGAAUGUCCGAUUGCACCACGCAUAAUAUACGUGCACAACAAACCGUUCCCGGCCAAAGCAGUACCUCCAUUUUUCCCAACGGGACUGUGAAAGGUGCAAAUGGCACACACACUGAACAACAUUGAGAUAGUACGGGUUGAGGUGAUCAUCAAGGCUACGCAUGAUCUCGGAAUCUGACCGCACCAACCUUUUGCAGCAAAGCGCAAAAUGAGUUACGUGAGAACAUGUGUGAAUAUAUUUUCUCUGUUUUGGAUUAUAUUCAAUACAUUUUUUAAA